AUGGGUAAGGGCGGUAAGCGCAGCGUGCCUCGGUACCCCGAGGACGAGGACAAGGGCGGCGGCUGCUGCGGGUGCCUGUGCUGGUGCUGCUGCUUCCUGUUCCUGAUCGUGGCGGCGCUGGCCGGCACGGCGGCCUACUUCUUCUUCGUGUACAAGCCCAAGGCGCCGUCCUACUCGGUGAACAACAUGUCGGUGUCGCGGUUCGACUUCAGCUCCUCCGACCUCACGCUGUACGUGAAGCUCACCGCCUCGGUGCGCGCCGAGAACCCCAACGAAAUGAUCGGCAUCAAGUACGGCGAGGGCUCCCACACCGUCGUCUCCUACCGCGGCACGCCGCUGUGCUCGGGGAAGCUCCCGGCCUUCUACCAGGGCUACAAGAACGUCACCGUCAUGGACAUCUCCAUGGAGGGCCGCCACGGCUUCGGCUCCAGCCUGCAGCAGGCGCUGGAGGAGAGCGAGAAGCUCGGGGACAUCCCGCUCGACAUCUUCGUCAGCGUCCCCAUCGAGCUGCGCCUCGGCACCGUCGACCUCCGGGAGGUCAGGGUCAACGUUCACUGCGCGCUCGUCCUCGACAGCGUCUCGCCCAAGAAGAAGCCCAACAUCAAGACCGCAACCUACCAGGCCAACGUAGAGUUCUAAUGUAAUUAACUAAUUAUUAACUUGGUAUGCA